AUGGCAGAUACAGCUGUAGCAGCACCUGCUCAACCACAACAGCAACAACAGCAAGCAGCUGGUGGUAUAAUACCGACAUGGCUUUCGACAGGUAUUAGAUUCUUACUCUUUUAUUAUAUGUUUUCAUCGAUUGCAUCUCGAUUCUUUGGUGGUGGUGGUAACACUGGUUCUAAUGUUGUACUCAACAAUACUCUGUUGAAUGGAACAAACGUAACAGAACCAAUUAUUAAUAAUGCUGCCGCAUCAAAGUUAACUCUUAGAAAUACAUGGUCUUUUUCAACUCCUUAUGUAAAUAUUACAAAAUCGAAUUCAUCAUUUAACGAUUGGUUAAUCUUUGAUGAAAGUGGAUUAACCUAUGACUGGGAAGAAUCGAACGCUCGUGAAACUAAUAUUACAUUCCCAACUACCGAGUCAUUGAAGAACAAUGGUUCUCUAUUUGCACAUGUUUUGGUUAAAAAUAAAUUAAACUCUAAAUUCUCAUUACAUGCGAUACAUCGUAAGUCAAUUCAUCAUCAUCAUCAUCAUCAUCAUCAUCAUCAUCAUCAUCAUCAUCAUCAUCUUAUAACAUUGAUUGUCUAUGCACCAAGACCAAAGCCAAAAGGAAAGAAUUUAUUAUCCAAUGAAAAGAAUGAAGAAGAGGAGAUACCCUAUGACAAAUCUAUUUUGGUAUCCUAUUACAAACCAUCGUUAACUGUCAAUAUCGUUGUUGAUAAUACUGUAUACUCACCAGGUUCAGUGCCACCCGAAAUUUUACCUUUAUUAAAUAUUACAAAUGAUAAAUAUAGUCCUGUUAUUUAUAUGAAUGAUUUCUGGGUAUAUAGAGAUCAAUAUUCUCUGGUGAAUGAGACUGUCAGUGAAUUAAGUCUUGCUAUCUCAUACUAUCAUCUCAGUAUUUUCAAGUGGCAACUCUACAUUCAGAUGCAAAAGUCUUUGGAUAUGCAAUCGAUGAUCGGUGGUACCGAAGAAACAGGUGACGACUUUAAGAAGAUGCUUACAGAGACAAGCCCAUUCCUAUUGGCUCUCACUGCACUAGUCACCACUCUUCACACUGUAUUUGAAUUCUUAGCAUUCAAGAAUGAUAUUCAAUUCUGGAAGAAUAACAAAUCGAUGGAGGGUCUAUCGGUUAGAACUAUCAUUUUACAUGCAAUCUGCUCGGUGAUUGUAUUCCUCUAUCUCUUGGACAAUGAUACCAGUUAUAUGAUUCUCUUUAGCAGUGGUCUGGGUAUCCUGAUUGAGGUCUGGAAGAUUGGUAAGGCAAUGAUUGUCACUGUCACCUGGAACGGUCCAAUUCCAAGCAUCUCCUUCAAGAACAAGGAUGACUACAUCUCAAAGACCAAGAAAUACGACGAUAUGGCUAUGAAGUACUUGUCAUGGGCUCUGUUCCCACUGGUUAUCGGUACAUCGAUCUACUCACUCUACAACUACGAACACAAGUCAUGGUACUCCUGGGUGAUUUCAUCGUUGGUACGUACAGUAUACACCUUUGAGUUCAUCAUGAUGACACCACAGCUCUUUAUCAACUACAAGUUGAAGUCGGUAUCACGUUUGCCAUUCAAGGUGUUUAUGUAUCGUGCACUCAACACCUUUAUCGAUGAUCUCUUUGCCUUUAUCAUUAAGAUGCCAUUAAUGCAUAGACUCAGUUGUUUAAGAGAUGAUAUUGUUUUCAUUAUUUAUUUAUACCAAAGAUGGAUCUACCCAGUUGACAAUAAGAGAUCACACUAUGGUGGUGAAGAUGAAGGCGAACAAGUUCCAGAUGCUAUCGAAAAUGAUAAGAAAAAAGAAGUUUCAGAUGGAACAACCCUUGACAAGACUGAAGACUCUUCAAGCAGUGAUCCAGUUGAUAACAUUAGAAAGAGAAACAAAACAAAGAAAACUGAAUAA